CGUCCGUCAAAACAUUCCCUGUCCGCCCAUGCGCCGUGAAAGUCGAUCCUCCUCCACUUUGUUUUUCUUAACACAGGUAGUUAUAUGUCAUAGAAGGCUGGCAUCAGCUCAUUGGCCAGAAGAGGAAAGAAUGUGCAAGGAGGGAGGACCCCGAAUUAUCCAGUUCUGCCAGAAUGUGUCGAUCAGGGUCCCACUCUCUUGCUUGUCUGUGUGUGUGGUGUCUGUGCUGGUGCUUGUUGCUGCUGCCGCUCUUCCUUCUAUGUCCCUCUCCCCCCCCACUUUCUUCGUGAUCGGCAUCGUCAUCGUCAUCAUGCAGCGUCCUGUACGAUGAUGUCGGCGUGCAGGAACGAAGUUAGCAAAAAAGAGGGCUUUUUUUGGUGAUUUGGGAAAUUUCCCUGGUUGCUUUUUUUUUUUCGGCCCCGAUUCUUUUUUUCUUUGCUCGCCUAACUAGGUAUGUACACUUGAAUCUACA